UACCGAUUGAUGAAAGAACAUAUAUCCGACACCAUCAUGCAGGCUUUACUAAUUUUGACUUUAGUAAUGACGAUGAUAUCGAUGAUGACGAUGACAUUACCAGUGAUGACUACAGUGAUGACUACAUUGAUUAUAUAGAUGAUUAUGACUCAGAUGAUGUAGACUUGGACUUCAUCUUUGACAAUGAUGAUAUGUAUCGUGGAGUAACCUUUGGAUCCCAAGUUCUCGAUGCUGAUUUAUUCUACUUUGAUAGAAGAGACGGUCAUACCAAUGCCAGUUCAAGUCAUAACUCCGACAAUAGGAAUUUCCAAGGUCCUGAAUCGUGGUUUAAUGAUAAAAACACCGAAUAUAUACCCAUAAGUAGAAUCCAUCAUCAUCGAAGCAAUCCGAAUAUCUUCUCGGCUCGAUCCAAGAGGAUUCAGUUACUAAAGGAUCUUGGUAUUCUCGUGGAUAAACUGUAUCAUAAACAACAAGCCGCAUUCCCAUCCAAUAGUCAAAGUGCCUAUUUGAACUGGGAAAGAAGUGAUGUUAAGAAUUCUAAAAAAAUGUUGACUAAACCACCCAAUCGAGUUGAAUUCAAUACUAGAUUAAAUGCCGUUGAUCCCUUUACACUAUUAGUCAAAUCAUUAUCAACUCAAUAUAAGGAUGCAUUAACUUUACGACCAAAUGGUCUAAAGAAAUUGUAUGAAGUUUCAACGAUUCGAAAGUAUAAAAACAAUUUAACGGCCAUAAUUAAAGAUUAUAAAACCAAUGAAGAAUUCUUAGUAGUUGCUUGUAAUUCAGAAAUGAUGGUAUUUGAAUUUAAUUCAUUAAAUUUACCUAAUGAUAAACCAGUAAUAAUGUUUGAUACUAAACCUCCAUUUACAACUACUACCGAUAGAUUAAUUUCUACUUGGCCAUAUUUCCCUCAUACUAUAAAUUUUGUUAAGACAUUUCCUGAUUUUAAAGGUGAUCAACCGAUUCUAUGUGCAUGUGUUGAUGAUGGAACUCUUAUUAUCUGGAAUACUGAUACUAUAAUUAAUCGAAUAAGAAAUAAGAAAACUACCGUUAGUACUACUGCUACUGCUACUGAUAAAGUUCAUAUAAAACCUCAAUUUAAAAUUAAAUUAGAGGCAUCCCUAUGGGGAUUGGAUUUUAAACAUUAUGAAGGAAAUCAUAAUGUAUUUAUGGCCUCAGAUAAUUCUCAAAGUUUAACAUUACUUUAUUAUCAUGAAUCGGAUUUAAGAUUUUAUCAUAUAAAGUCACAUCAAUUAUUACAUAAUAUACCAGAAGUUGGAAUUAUACUGGUAACAAUUGAUUUACAAGAUAAUGAAGAAUUACAUACUAUAAAGACAUCUUGUGCUUCAAUAUCAGGAGAAUUAUUAAUCUUUCAAUUCCAAUUUUGUUUGGUUGAUGGUCCAUUAAAUGAAAUUGAAUAUAAUUUCUUUAAAAAUCAAGAAUAUUACUAUGUGGAUAGUUCAAUUGAAUUAUUAGAGAAUAGAAAUAAUAUUAAUUUUAAUAUUCAAAAUCUUGAUACUUUAAAUUCCGAACGAUUUAAUCGACUUGAAUAUAGAAAUCCAUUUGUAUUACUUCGUACAGUUAUUGGAGAAUAUUGUUGGACUAGUAAACUUAUUAAUUCUCAAUAUUUCAAAUCGGUUAAUAGUUUAAAUGAAGUUAUAGGAGAUUUUACAUUUGAUUCAGCCAUUGUAGUAGAUGAUAUAAUGAAUGAAUCAAAGAUAUUAGACUUGGAAUUUGAUCCUAUGUUGACUAGUCAUCUUGGACUUGCCACCAAUUGGCAACAUUUUGAAGCUAAAACCCUUAAUUUAUCUACAUUAGUCCAUUCUACAGCCACAUUAAUUCCCAAUUCUCCUCCCAGUAGAAAUGAUACAUCUCGUCUUACUAGUCUUGAUGAUGAAUAUAGAAGAGUUCAUAAGGGUUUAAUCAAACAAUUUCAGAAAGUAAAUAAUCGUGCUCGUACUAGUUCGGCUAAUAAACAAUCAUACUUAUUAGAUCCAGUUCAUGAUAUCCAAUCACAAGAUUUUCUAGUGGUUUCUACAGGAAGAAGAUUAGGAUUGUUUAGAGCCGAUUCAUUAUUCUGUACUUGUUCAACUAAAAAGUUAUUUGAUUUACCUAUACCUUCCAAUAAUGAAUCCAAACCAGCCAAUAGAAUCUCGAUUACUCAUAUCAUACCUGAAUUACAAUGUUAUAUAGCAGUAACUCAACAAGGGUUAAUUACUAUUAUGAGACUCUGUCAAUACCGCGGAGUGUAUGGAAUGCGACAAGAACAUAUUUUCCCUAAUGCCAUAAGUCUCGCCUUAGAUCAUUUUGGUGGAUACAGAACUAUUGCUGGUAUUAAUGUUAGAGAUAAGUCAUCCAGUCCUGGCUUUCCUCGGUUCCUUCUCUAUAUAGUAUAUACUGAUGGACUCAUAGUUAGUUAUGAGUUAUCGUUAGAUGCAUCUGCUGGUGACUUAUUGAUCACUAGUAUAUAAGAGUAUGUAUAGUGUAUAUAGUAUGUAUAGUAUAUAUAUAGGGUGUGUGUGUAUAGUAUAUCAUAGUAUGUAUAGUAUUGUAUAGCAUAUCAUAUUUAGUAUUGUAUAGUACUAUUGUAUAAGAUUAUUUG